AUAAUUGACACGUUGACGCGAACUUGUGAGACACGAUGAGCACGCAAACUACAAUUUCUUUUCCUAUACGGAAGAAAUACAAUUUCUACGGGCACAAAAAGGACGUCGUGAAGGAAGAUUUCUCAGAAGCGACAGCGAGAAACACAUCGACGAGAUAUACCCCGACAGUGAAAAAGAUUGUCACUUUAAUCAGCAGUGAAUCUGAGUCAGAUUCAGAUAUUGAGAAUACAACAGAGACAAUCACUAGAGGAACUGCUGAAAGCGAUACGAAUAAUGUAGCCCAAACACCAACUCGUCGUAAGCGUAAUGCCUUUAAUGAAGAGCAUAUCACUAGUCCGUCUAAGCAGAAAAAGGAUCAGCUGUUACAGUCUCCAUUAACUCCAUCCACUCUGAUAGGUAGAUUAAAUUUAUCCUCUGAAAGAGAGGAUAGAAAGAAUUUACAGUCUAAACGAUUAUUCGAGUCUAACCAGUAUCAGAAUGCACGUUUGGCCUUGCAUAGUUCUGAGACAGAAGACUUACCUGGUAGAGAGAGUGAGUUAGUCAAACUGCAGCAAUUUCUCCAAAAACAUUUGGAGGAAGAGACAUCGGGUUCUUUGUAUAUCUCUGGUCCCCCAGGCACUGGUAAGACUGCUAGUCUGUCAAAGAUAAUGCAGCAACCAGAGCUGAAAUCCCAGUUUAAAAGUGUCUAUAUCAAUUGCACCACCAUGAAGUCUGCAGCUGCCAUUUAUGCAAAGAUAAUUCAAGAGUUAUCCAUAACCUCGAUCAGUUCUGGCAAAAAUAACAAGGCCAUUAUAGAAAGGUAUUUAAAAUCCAAGCACAAGAUGUUGCUUCUGGUAUUGGACGAGAUUGAUCAAUUGGAAAGCAAGAAGCAGUCUGUGCUGUAUUCUAUAUUCGAAUGGCCGUCUCUGCCAAAUUCCAAGCUGAUCCUAGUCGGUGUCGCAAACGCAUUAGAUUUGACGGAUAGAAUAUUGCCCAGGCUGCAAGCCAGAUGCGAAUUGAAACCGACGCUAAUGCAUUUCGCAUCGUACACCAAACAACAGAUAUCCGACAUAAUAUCCGCGAGAUUGAAACGAGCGGAUGCGUCCAAUAUAUUUACACCGUCCGCGAUACAGUUGCUAGCGGGCAAAGUGGCUGCGAUCUCCGGAGACAUCAGGCGUGCUUUAGACAUUAGCAGAAGAGUAAUUGAACUAGCCGAGUCUGAAAAAAUAGCGGGAGUGCUACGUCCGACGAACGAUAACGAUAUAAAUUCAAAGAAGCAAGCGGAAAUAACGGAGAGACCGGCCGACUUGAAAGAGGUAGUUACGGUUUUAAACGGAGUCUAUGGAAGCACGCAGAACUUCAACAAGGACACGUUUCCUAUUCAGCAGAAGUUACUACUUUGCUCCCUGUUACUCAUCUUGAAUAAAGGGAGAAACAAGAUUGUCACUGUCGGGAGAUUGCACGAUGUAUAUAAGAAGGUCUGCAAGAAACGAAAUAUAUGCGCCUCCGAUUUCUCCGAAUUCCUGAACAUGUGUUCACUGAUAGAGACAAGAGGCACUCUGACAAUCGUCGGCAAGAAGCAGUCGCGUCUGUCCAAGGUAAACUUGCAAUGGAAUCAAUCGGAGUUGGACUCAGCCUUGCAAGACAAGGACAUGAUGGCCGAGAUUAUCAGCGACACGACUUGCUUGUAGAACAGCUGACGUCGCACACUUGUGUCUUUGUUUGUCACGUAAUUUAUUUUAUAUAAGUAUAUCGUUUAUAUUUUAUAGACUACGCAUAUACAGAAGCAUCUCGAUUGCACCCCUUUGGGUGGUUCUAUCAUUGUUUUAUAUAUAUAUAUAUUAUUGAAACUUUGUGAUGUUAUAGCACGCCAUAAUGUUAUAAUUGAUCCAAAUACCUGUUAGAUAGUAAUCCAUAAAAGACUGGACUUUUGCAUUGUAUUAAAAUUACAAAUGCGUAUACGGAAUGCGUCACUGAGCCUGUUGAUACUUAUUAUGUGAACAAUGCGAAAAUGUAGACUUUGACAAUUCAUCAAUAAAUUAUUUUGAAUA